AUGCAAAAGAAGUGAGUUUUUUUAUUUUUAUUUUUAUUUUAUUUAUUUUUAUUUCCGUUGGUGCCGCCAUUGUUCUGUGCGCCUCCAUCUUCUUCUUCUCUUCUUCACCACCUAGGGUUAUCCAGGUGAUUUACAGAGAAGAUUCAUCUCUGAGUUUCGUUGGGUUUUACGAGGUGGAUCCUCUCUCAUUUCGCCGCCGGUCAAGCGGUUUCGUUGAUUAGUUUCCAAUUCGCUAUUCUAUUCUCCGGCGCCGAGUUUUACACAACGCACUUCUCUCUCUUUCUCUUUACAACUUGAUUUGUAACCGAUCAAGAAACCGCGUUUUCAGGACACUUUUGUGCUUUUCGUUAUCCGGUUAAGAAGGGGUAUGGUUGUAAGAUUAGGGCAAGGGUGAUUGGUUUUUGUGUUUGGAGGGUUUUGGAUUUGGAUGGCAUUGGGGGAUUUGAUGGCCUCUCGGAUUUCUCAAUCUUCGCUGGAGGUAGUCUCGAAUCACUUGGAUGUCUGUGCUUCCAACCACGAGGACGAUGGGGAUUUGAUUUCCUUCAGAAGGGAUUCUGAGGCUGCGAGUAGUAGUUAUGGCAAUGCUGUUGUCACUACUGCCACAACCAUGGUUUACUUGCCGCAGACUAUGGUGCUAUGUGAGCUUCGACACGAUGCGUUUGAGGCUUGCGUGCCUGCCGGCCCAUCUGAUUGCGGAUUGGUUUCGAAAUGGAGACCGAAAGACCGAAUGAAGACAGGAUGUGUAGCUCUGGUAUUAUGUUUAAACAUCAGCGUUGAUCCCCCCGAUGUAAUUAAGAUUUCUCCUUGUGCCAGAAUGGAGUGCUGGAUAGAUCCAUUUUCUAUGGCACCCCCUAAAGCACUUGAAACUAUUGGAAAAACAUUGAGUGUGCAGUAUGAGAGGUGGCAACCCAGGGCUCGCUAUAAAGUUCAGCUGGAUCCCACCGUGGAAGAGGUAAAAAAGCUUUGUAGUACAUGUCGCAAGUAUGCGAAGACUGAAAGGGUUCUCUUUCACUAUAAUGGACAUGGUGUUCCAAAGCCAACUGCUAGUGGUGAAAUUUGGCUUUUCAACAAGAGUUAUACCCAGUAUAUACCCUUACCUAUUAGUGACCUGGACUCAUGGUUGAAGACACCUUCAAUUUAUGUGUUCGACUGUUCUGCGGCUGGGAUGAUAGUCAAUGCCUUCACUGAGCUUCACGAUCCCUCUGGAUCAAGGGAUUGCAUUCUGCUUGCAGCUUGUGAGUCACACGAAACUCUCCCACAAAGAGCUGAAUUUCCAGCAGAUGUUUUUACCUCUUGCCUUACAACACCGAUUAAGAUGGCUUUGAGAUGGUUCUGCAAACGUUCACUGCUCCGUGAGUCCCUUGAUGAUUUACUGAUUGAUAAAAUACCUGGUCGGCAAACAGAUCGGAAGACACUUCUUGGGGAAUUGAAUUGGAUUUUCACAGCUGUCACUGAUACAAUUGCGUGGAAUGUUCUGCCUCAUGAUCUAUUUCAAAGGUUGUUCAGACAAGAUUUGUUAGUUGCCAGUCUGUUCAGAAAUUUUUUGCUUGCUGAGAGGAUUAUGCGAUCUGCAAAUUGUUCGCCUAUUUCACAUCCAAUAUUGCCUUCAACCCAUCAGCAUCAUAUGUGGGAUGCAUGGGACAUGGCUGCUGAGAUUUGUCUUUCUCAACUUCCAGCAUUGGUAGAAGAUCCUAAUUUGGAGUUUCAGCCAAGUCCAUUUUUCACGGAACAGUUGAAAGCUUUUGAGGUAUGGCUUGAUCAUGGAUCCGAAAGUAAGAAACCCCCAGAACAGUUGCCUAUUGUCCUUCAGGUUUUACUCAGCCAAGGACAUCGACUCAGAGCGCUGGUUCUUCUUGGUAAAUUCCUUGAUAUGGGACCUUGGGCUGUAGAUCUGGCAUUGUCUGUUGGAAUAUUCCCAUAUGUUCUGAAGCUUCUGCAGACAACAACACCGGAGCUGCGACAAAUACUGGUUUUUAUAUGGACAAAGAUUCUUGCCCUAGAUAAGUCUUGCCAGGUUGAUUUAGUAAAAGAUGGUGGCCAUACAUACUUCAUCCGCUUUCUUGAUACUUUGGAAGCUUACCCAAAACAGCGUGCAAUGGCUGCAUUUGUUUUAGCUGUAAUUGUUGAUGAACACAGGCGAGGCCAGGAAGCAUGCAUUGAAGCAAAUUUAAUCCAUGUUUGUUUGAAGCAUCUUCGGAAUAAAACACCGAUUGAUGGACAAACUGAGCCCCUAUUUCUUCAAUGGCUAUGUCUUUGUCUGGGGAAACUGUGGGAAGACUAUAUAGAUGCGCAAAUAAUAGGAUUGCAGGCUGAUGCCCAUGCUGUCUUCACUUCUUUGUUGGCUGAGCCCCAACCAGAGGUUAGGGCUUCAGCAAUUUUUGCACUUGGUACCCUACUUGAUGUAUGGAGCGAUUCAUCUAGAGAUGGCGUUGGUGACGAUGAUUGUGAUGAUGAUGAAAAGAUUAGGGCUGAAACCAGUAUUGUUGGAAGUCUAUUAAGUGUUGUUUCAGAUGGAAGUCCACUUGUUAGGGCUGAGGUUGCUGUUGCCCUUGCUCGCUUUGCCUUUGUCCACAACAAGCACCUCAAGUCAAUUGCUGCGACAUAUUGCAAGCCCCACUGUAAUUCUUUAUUAAGUUCUCUACCCUCCUUGGCUCACCUAAGAAGUACGGGAGCUGCUUAUACUAAUUCGAAUCAACACAUGCCUCAUGCAAGCAUUGUUUCCUCUCAAAUUGGCCCAUUGUUGAGAUUUGGAAAUGAAAACUCACCUUUAGUUAGAGAUGGAAGGGUCUCCACCAGUAGUCCUCUUGCUAAUACUGGAGUGAUGCAUGGAUCUCCACUUUCAGAUGAUUCAUAUCAGCCUUCGGAUUCUGGAGUUUUGCAUGAAGAUACAGUGAGCAAUGGUGCCGUUAAUCAUUCAUUGCCCAAACCUCUAAAUAAUGCAUUGUAUUCACAAUGUGUUUCGACUAUGUGUACUUUAGCCAAUGACCCAUCUCCUCGUAUUGCAAGCCUUGGUAGGCGGGUUUUGUCAAUUAUUGGUAUUGAACAAGUUGUUACAAAACCUGUAAAAUCCAAUAACAGCGGUCUUAAGCCUACUGAUGGGACAGCAGCAUCUCAGCCUCCUAGUUUUGCUGGAUUAGCUCGUUCAUCUUCAUGGUUUGAUAUGAAUGGAGGUCAUUUGCCUUUAACUUUCCGUACUCCUCCAGUCAGCCCUCCCAGACCAAGUUACUUGACGGGCAUGCGAAGAGUUUGCUCAUUAGAGUUCCGUCCUCAGCUAAUGAAUUCUCCUGACUCGGGGUUAGCUGAUCCACUAUGGGGCUCAGGUGGAACUUCAGGAACAUCUGAGCGCAGUUUUCUUCCACAAUCAACCAUUUAUAACUGGAGUUGUGGCCAUUUCUCAAAGCCUCUUCUCACUGCUGCUGAAGAUGGUGAAGAAAUAUUUACUAGAAGAGAGGAGAGGGAGAAAUUUGCACUGGAACGUAUAGCAAAAUGCCAACAUUCUCCUGUUAGUAAGCUGAGCAACAAUCCAAUUGCUAGCUGGGAUACAAAGUUCGAAAUGGGCACAAAAAAAUUAUUGCUGCAACCAUUCUCACCCAUCGUUGUUGCUGCCGAUGAGAAAGAACGAAUUAGGGUCUGGAAUUACGAAGAACCUGCCCUACUCAACAGUUUUGACAACCAUAAUUUUCUUGACAAAGGGAUUUCGAAACUCUGUCUUGUGAAUGAGCUUGAUGAUAGUUUGCUUUUGGCUGCUUCAUGCGAUGGAAGUAUUCGUAUUUGGAAAGAUUACACUCUGAAGGGAAAACAGAAGCUUGUAACUGCAUUCUCCGCAAUCCAGGGGCACAAACCUGGUGUUCGUAGUGUAAAUGCUGUUGUGGAUUGGCAACAACAAUCUGGAUAUCUCUAUGCUGCUGGGGAGACAUCGGCGUCUAUUAUGCUUUGGGACCUUGACAAGGAGCUGCUUGUUAAGCCUAUUCCUUCAUCAUCAGAUUGCAGCAUCUCAGCAUUGUGUGCUUCUCAAGUUCAUGGGGGUCAGUUUGCAGCUGGUUUCUUAGAUGGUUCUGUUAAGCUUUAUGAUGCUCGCACUCCUGAAAUGCUUGUCUGCACGAUGCGCCCACAUAUUCAAAAAGUAGAGAAGGUCGUUGGGAUUGGCUUUCAGCCUGGACUCGAUUCGUCAAAGAUCGUCAGUGCCUCUCAGGCCGGUGAUAUUCAGUUUCUGGAUAUCAGAAAUCAGAGGGACAAAUAUCUAACCAUCGAUGCUCACCGAGGUUCACUUACAGCAUUAGCCGUUCAUAGACAUGCUCCUAUCUUGGCUAGUGGCUCGGCGAAACAGCUGAUUAAGGUUUUCAGUCUAGAUGGCGAUCAACUAGGCACCAUUAAAUACCAUCCUACCUUCAUGCCCCAGAAGAUUGGUUCUGUAAGCUGUCUUACCUUUCACCCGUACGAGGAGCUGCUUGCUGCUGGAGCAUCAGAUGCUUGUGUAUCUAUUUAUGCAGAUGACACCUCUCAAAGAUGAUGAGAUCGAUUUCCGAGUGUCAGGUUGGACACUGAAGUGGUAUGUGCGCAUCGAUUUUAUUAUGGGUUGUUUAUGCAGUUCCAUAUUGUCCUUGUCAUUGUUUAUGCAGUUCCAUCGAGUGCGAUUCGACGACAUGUUGAGCUGCCCCAUUCUUUGCUUUUAGCGCGUGGAAACCUCCAUCAUCGACAGUGUAAGCUAUAAAUUUAUUGGCUUCUGAUGUACAGGUUCACAGCUGAUGAGGAAGAAAAAUCCAUCUAUUUAUUGGGGCUUUGGCAAAUAAAUCUAUUGUAUAGUUUAGGUGGGUGUAAAUAUUUCCAUUGUUCAUCCUCUCUUCUGGUGUGUUUGUCGUUCAAUUUGUAAAAGGCUGUCGACUCUUUUUAUCGUUUUCGUUGUCGUAGCAUUGCAUAUGGACGUCGCGAUUAUCUCCUGAAAUGCUGGAGUUCGUUGCGACCAUAUUCGAUUAGUGUUGAAUUAUUGGUUUCACUUUUCCCCUUCAUUAACCACUAUGUAACUUGUAAUUAUGUUGCAUAGUUUGAUCUGUUUUUUUCUU